AUCAUGUCCAGCCGUGUGCGGAAACACAACGAACCGAUGAAGGCAUUCGUGCCCGUCAGUUCACUGCUGCUGCGAGGCACCGGAUCGAUUCACUGUACGGCCGGAAGUUCCGGUACGAGCGCAACCGGCCAACAAACCGGCAGUCCGAGCAGUAUCAGCGGUGGUGCGGCCAGUGCCGGCUGCACCACGUCGUACGCCACCGGAGCAGGAAAAUCCCUGUCGGCUACGUUGUCCCCACCCGUCCGGCACAUCUCACCGGAGCAUGCCAUCUGUGGCAAUCGGAGCCCGGGUGCGCUAACGUGCAAAGGUAAAAUUCUCAACGACGGUUGCAUACGGCGCACCGCAUCGCUUGACGCACUUUAUCUACGCCCAGCACCGGCCUGGAGUCUCGUAACACCGACCCUUCUCCAGCUGGACAAAGCAACCCAGACGGACGAAUCGUUUCUCGAGCGAACGCGUGGUACGGCGAGCACCACCGGUGGUACAAUGCUGUCCGCGGCACCGGCAUCCGACGGGGCAGCCCCAUCACCGUCGUCCACCUCGUCGUCACCGGUCAUUACGCGUACCGAUGCGACGACCCCGACUGAUCUGAAGAUGGAGAAAGUGAUACGACAAAGACUGCAGCGUACGCAUCGCGGCGAGCAUUCCGUUAGCUCCCAGACGCUUAGCCCUAAUCAUGCAAAAGCAAGCCCAGUGUCGAUACCAACACGUACCUGUCCGCCCGUACACAUACGGCCGAUGCGUAACUCUGUCGAAGGUUUAAAUCAGGAGAUUGAGAAGCUGGUGCUCUACCCGGGCCAGCAGCACAGCUGUCGGGCCGAGCUUGAGAUGUACUCACGUGGCACACCGGAAGGACAUCGGGCACCGCUUGCCGAUCUGUUUCAUGGGGCCGGUGCCGUUUCGCUGGUCGGCGGUUCGGGCGAUACGCGCUCGGUCAACACACAGACACCGCUCGGCGAUACACUGUCGUCGGACGAUGGCAGCCAGAGUACAUCGCCGGACGAGGGUGCCGUCACGACGAGCGCCUCGCCUAGGAUCAACAAAUUUCUGGCCCGUGAACCACCGGAUGGUUGUGAAAAGGUUAAUUUAAAACUCACUGAAGCCGAUACCAGUACAAACACGGCCUGCUUCAAACCGUGCACCACCGCAUUCCAGCUGAAGCCAUCGCUUGGGUCCGCAUUCCAGCCACUGCAACCGCUGCCGACGCUUAAAACAACGCCGGAAGCAGACGAUGAUGACGAUGGUGACGGUGCAGUGGAAGGUGCAGUCCCGGUCACCGCUUCCUCCGCUACGGAGUAAAACCGUUUUGCUAGCAAA